AUGGGCCUGUUUGUAGGCAGCGAUGGAAGCUACAGGGGCUGGCUGGCCGCUCUGUUGAGCUGCACAAUGUUUAAUAGCGACGAGGAACUCACUGCAAAGCGGCUAGACCGAGCAGCAACCACCCCCAACGACAUCUGGCAUGAGCAACCGAUACCUCUCAAACCAUUACAUACCAGCGCAGUAUCUUCUGCAACACUCGUUGGAAAUGAAGCUGGCUUCAUACAUCGACACAACAAUCUAUCAGUUCCCGAUCGUCCACCUACUCUGAAGCCACUUGACUUUGGAGAUGCCUCUUUAAUGGGCCUCACGUUCGCACCAGCGGGUCACAAGGCCUCGAAAAGCAAUGUCAAGCGCUUGAAUAUUGGUCAACCGACCGCUUUCCGCCGGCUGGAAUACACAGAAGCACAGCGACGCUCGCUCAUUCCGCUUCAAUUKGAACCGGUGACUCUGAGAGACUCGAUUCUGAGAAGUGGAAUCGAUCAUGGCAUCAAUAUUGAAUCAAAAGAGAUACCAACAUCUACGGAAACCUCAAGCGCCUCAUCUGCAUAUCAUGCACGCCAUUCUCCAAAAUCUCAAUCUUGGACGCGAGGACCAACCGUGGACCUCGGUGACAUCCCGCAAGCCAGUAGAGAGCGGCAAACCAGGAGGCCUACGUUAUCAUCUUACUCUUCAUCGAGCUCAAUACGUUCAUUACGUCGCCAGGCUCUGGAAUCGCUAUCAUCAUCUUCCUCCUCAUCGCCGCAUUCUUCAAUCGACUGGGGGCGGCUCAAUCGCAAACGCAACAGCCUGCGAAAGCCAUCCUCGGACAGCAUGGAACCUGACGUGGAGCAGGAAGUCAUGGAGCUCAACACCAUUGUGGAGGAGAAAAGGUCAGACUCCUCACGGUCAAGAAGUUCCGACGGGCACGUUUCUGCUGUGGCACCUUUAAUGUCGAUCCGGGCCAGAUCCGAAACUCUUAAUGAUAUUGGCUCCGCCUUCUCCCGCCCCAAGCCAUAUCACAUGGAUCAUGAAGCUAGACGCGGAAUAAAGUCUGGCCUCGAGGCUGACACGGUAUUGCCGAUGGAGAAGCGACUUUCUAGGCCCUUCGCGGCAAUGCCAGAGAGAAUUGCCACCCCAGAGCCUGCUGAACGCAAGGCGCAUUCAAUGAUCGGCGGCUGGCUAAACAACAUCAUCGGAAGUACCUCAAAACCAGCAAGGCGUACACGCGAGGAAUUCUACUCAUGCAAACCUUACCAUCAACGUGCACUCUCCGAAUCAUCCACAGCCGUCUCCGAAAUCACCUCCUCACCAUGGUCGACAGCCCAUAACCGCACAAUCACUGCAGAUUCGAUCAUGACUCCACCUUCCACGGCACCUUCGACAGGACGAGGACUCCUCGAGAUGGAGCACCUAACUCGCGGGUCGAUUAGAUGGGUGCAUGAUGGUGCGAACCACAGUGAGGUUGGAUUGGCACUUUGA